GAUUGUGGUAAUGUGCACCAACAACGACCACCUAAUCGCCUGCCAUUGGUCCAAAAGACUCCGUUCUAAUCGGACCGAAAAAUUGCACGUUUUGGGGUUGACUCGUCAACGCCAACUUUCGCAAAACAAACAAUUUCCAUUCGUUAUCUCUGACCGAAUCGUUAACGUCCACCGCCGAAGACCAACUGAACAGGCCCCAAAUACGCUGACGAGGCUUAAAACGCAUCUUGGACGAGUCUUGAAGAGCCCACAACAGCCCAACGCGACCGCUAAAAGGGGGAGUCGGCGCCCGGCCCUUCAAGAAGCGACUGCAAAUCACCUGAAGGAGGAGACGAAGAAUGGAGCUCCUUCGGGAGAAGAGAGAACCGCGUCUUCUGGACACCGCCUCCAGUUCUCGCUCAACCACCUCCUUUCUCAUUGACGACAUUCUCUUUCACAGACCAAAGAGAGUUGGAACAAAUGACUCCGGGAACGAAGAAGGAUUGGUCGGUGAAGAUAGCCACUGGAUGAGGCUGAACGCUCCCCUGUACCCCGUGACCUCAAGGGACUUGACCUCUGUCAGCUCGUCCAUAGUAAGGGCAUCCUUUACAGAAUCCUACGCAGCUGCAGCAGCAGCCGCCGCAGGCGUUCUGCCAUCCACAGCGGCAGCGGCUGCCGCAGCAGCAGCGGCCUACCUACACCCACACCCGUACCUGCAUAAACCAGAAGCACAUUUCCUCUUCCCUGGAGCUAGUCUCGGUUUCGGAAGUCUUUUUGGCGGGAGCGAAGGUGCACUCAAGGCCUGCCGACGACGCAAAGCCCGCACAGUCUUCAGCGACCAUCAACUGGGGGGCCUGGAGAAAAGAUUUGCUGCCCAGCGGUAUCUCUCCACGCCCGAAAGAGUCGAACUUGCCACAGCUCUCAAUCUUUCAGAGACACAGGUGAAGACGUGGUUUCAGAACCGCCGGAUGAAGCACAAAAAGCAGCUUCGCAAGCACAGCGAGGACAAAACACCAGGUAGCAGCAGCAGUAGCAGUAGCAGCAGCAGCAGUAGCGGAAGCGAGGGAGAAGCGCACCUAGCAGGCCAGGCCCAGCAGGCUCAUGGCCAACAGCAACUGUCGCGAUCCAUGUGUCCUUCUUCACCAAUGACAGGAGUUGCAUCUCCGUGCACCACGACCACUGCCCGGGACAGCGACAUCUCUCAUUCCGAUUAUGAAGACGAGAUUGACAUCGUGGGCGUCCCCGCUGAUCUGCGGCAUGGCCACGCCGCCCACGCUCAUUCACAGCCUCCCCAUUAGAAGCCCCCAUCUCCCCCUACCCCUCCGCCCUCCGACCCCGUCUCUUAGAGGAUCUACUAGUUCGACCACGAUGGCAUGAAGGCCUCUUCUGUGUGAAUACAACGGACCUUUUAACAUGUUCCGCCUUCAGUGCAUCGACAAGAAAUAACUACUACCCUUCAUAUCUCUAGUCACCAGUGUAUUCUUAAGGUGUUAUUGCGCAGCCGAUGCUGUCUCCCGUAAUUAAGGUAUUCUAUGGGAAAGAAAAACGGAAAUGUCUUGCUUCAUUUCAAAGCCGUAUUUUCAAUCUGGAUAUUCAGAUGAAGCUCCAUCGUUUCAAACUGUAUAUGUCUGAUCUCAGAGAUCAGUGAAUGACUCCUUUUCUUAUGAAGAUUACAUUUACUCUUUGUUGCUUCUUUCGAAAAUUUCAACACUCAGAGCUACUGAUCACAUAAUAUAUUUUCGUGUACGCAUAAAUUCGAGGAAAAAGUUGAAAGAGUUCAUGGUUGAACCGUUGCGUGCACUACUUGUACUAGGUAUGAAUUAUAUGUCUAUGUCAUAAUAUGUAUUUAUGCUUCUGAGGGCAUAUCUGUCACUUAUUCUUUUAUUCCGAAAUAUGUUUGGUAUUACUCAUAAUAUCACAGCUUUGAAUGUCAAAACAGUUGUACUUACGCCAAAUUAUUUGCAUCCUACAUACGAUAUACUAAAUUCGAGUAUGCGCUUACUUCCGAAAGCUAUCUAUCACUGUCAUGAAAAUACUUUGAUUCAACAUUUCAUAGAGGGUCUUGCUUUAAUUUAGAAUUUUUAAAAAAGGCCCGAAAUAAGUGAUAAUGAUAUCACUUGAUAUGUUACUUCGUAGAUUUAUCCUAAUAUGUUACUUCGUCAAUUUAAAAGUAAAUCUAUAAACCACAGGUGAACGACUACACUAAUAGCACAUUCGUAUUGAAUGAGAAUGUUACAGAAUGUAGGGCCUAUAGUUUCAGAUGGAUUUACGACGGACAAUACAGUUGGCCAGUUGGUGGUACUUUUUCUUAGUAUACAGUACCAUCUGUUGAGACUUGCACUGGUCCACAUGAAGCCGAUUUUCAUAAACGAAUUAUCUUUUCCAGAUUUUCUAAGAAGAAAAUGAAGAUUAAAAGUGCCAACAAUAAUCAAUUUCUUUUUCAAAGAAAAGAAAAGUGAGAAAUGUCACUUCUCUUAUGAUACAGUCAACUUUUGAAAACUGUUACGGUGAAGAUUUUUUUUUUAAAUUCAAACAACUUGCUCUAGAACUCGCUUAGCGACUUUCUCUGGGGUUUUGAGUUUUCCAGGCAUGUUACUAUUACAUCAACUGACUGCAUUCAUUUAGCAUCCAUCUUCACAUAGUCGGGUAUUUCAUCAACAUGUAAUAAAGCAAGAUCCUCGGCGUUGUAACGUAUGAUCGUCUUGAUUGAGUUUGUGACACUAUUCUAUCAUAGUUUUGAGAAUCAAUUAUCGUUUACAGUGCAUCAUCAUUGCAUCUUCUACACAUGUCAGUGGUCGACGCUUUCCUCGUACCUGAAUAAGAAAGUACCUCUCAGUCUAUUUCAUUUAAACAACUUCUCCUUCAAGAAGAGCUUUUGUGUAGAGACACCAAAACCGUUUCGUUUCGUUAUAGAUCUAUGUUUGGAAAACGUGAGCAGUGAAUCCUUUUUAUAGAAGUUUAUAAGACUGCCCUCCGCCUCGUGUAUUGGCUAUUUUGUAUAUAGAGUUCUCCUAAACAGCAUCUAACUUUAAACAAUAUGUAACUCUUGUCUAAAAAAAAAGGUUAUGAGACGUUUUUUAAUGUUAUCCUACUAUAGACUAGUCAGUUCCCUGUGAUUUUCAGUAGCAUCCCACCUGAACAAAGCAUCGUUUUGUAAAUAAUGUAUAUAAUUUAUGUUAUCUUUUCGGAUAUUAAUAAAA